GUUCUUCACCCAAAUAUCUGGGAGACGUUUCAUAGAGAUCUAAAACUGAUGAAAACUGCUGCCAAAUAUCUGACUAUUAUGUUUCCCAGACUUCACUGGGUCAACUUAAAUCAGUGUGUGCAAGAAUUCUCUGCUACCAUGCACAGACAGCUGGACAUGCGAUAUGAAAGCCAGUCUUUGCAGAAGUUUGCUCAUGAUUUACGGUCAUUUCCUAGAGUUACGGUUCCUCAGCCAGUUCCUUUCUUCGUGAGACAUAAUAUUCUCGUUGAGACAUUUGAGGAUGGUGUUAGCAUGUGUCAGAUUCUGACUUCUGCGGAUCACUCAGCGCAGCUGAAAAAGGAAUUGGCUGGCAUAGGGUUGGAUUUGCUUUUGCAAAUGAUUUUUGUCAAUAAUUUUGUCCACGCUGAUCUGCACCCAGGAAACCUGCUGGUGCAAAAUAUUGACAGCUUUCAGCUUGAGAAUGUCAUCCAGAGGAACACCUGGGACACGAUGGCAUUAGACAUAACUCCAGAAGUGCAGGCUUCACUGAGGCUGGUAAUGCUUGAUUGUGGCAUCACAGCCUCCCUGUCUCCAGAUGAAAGGUUGAAAUUUCGCGAAGUUUUCAUUGCAGUCAUCAGAGGGCAGGGUGAGGUUGUUGCUGAUCUUUUCUUACAAAAGUCACCAGAGAACCAUUGUACCGAUCCUGAACUUUUUCGAAAAGAGAUGGCACAGCUGGUCGCUAAAGGUCGUCAAAAUCUUAACAGUGUUUCUAAGAUCAGAGUUGCUGAACUGAUGAAUGAACUCUUCACCAUGCUGUCCCGUCAUAAGAUUCAACUAGACUCCAGUUUUGUCACCAUCGUUUUGGCCAUU